AUGAAGCAGCUGACUGCAAAUGAAGUGCGUUCCACCUUCAUCGAAUUUUUCAAGCAGAAGAAAGCACAUACUUAUUUCAAACCACUUUUCCUCGGCGUUGCCGACCCGAACAGUGAUCUAGCCAAGCUAAAGCGUGCCGUAAAUACGCAGAAAUGCAUUCGUGCAGGAGGAAAGCAUAACGAUCUGGAUGAUGUCGGGAAGGACGUAUACCAUCACACUUUCUUUGAAAUGCUGGGAAAUUGGUCUUUUGGAGACUAUUUCAAG